GUUAAGCUGUGGCAAUGUUCUCUGGCCUCCUGUUCUACCAGAGCGAAUGCGAAUAGAUUGUGGUGUUUUGGAUCUGUACGGAGAUGUAUGGUGUACAGAGUAAUGAGCCAACAAUUUGGAAGGGAGUGGGCGAGUGAUACAGUACCCAGCACGCAGCAUGUCUUUUCGGUAAAUAAUUAUAAUGAAGCAGGGCAGAGCAGAUCAGACCAGUGCAAGAGAGCAUUUCGUACCGAUUUGAUGUCCUCUGUACCUAGGUAUGUCAUGCAGCAAUUGGAGGUCCUCGAUGAAUUAAUUGCUCAUCGCCCUUGCCUCCAAAAUAUCAUCCCAAAUCGGUCCUUAAUACGUCGCUUCCUACGCUCACAAGAGAAGUCAGAAGAAAAAAAAGAAAGUCAUUACCUUACCCCACCAUAAAAUAUCCACCUGGAUUUUCUCACGACGUAGUGCUCGUAGAACUACGAAACAUCGACAAUCUCUUACAUUGAACACAUUGAACACAUUGAACACAUUGAACAUCCAAAGUCUUAUUUCCACACUCAAAAUUACCUACCAACUGAUCCUUCACGAUGCCGAAGAAACAAUUUUUGAGAGAUACCAAAAAGAAGUCCAAGCAUACACCACAGAUCCCAGCAACUGCUGAUGAAUAUCUUGCCGCUGGGGUGGAUUUCGAAGAAGCAGGUGAGAAGUGGAGAGGGGGUGAUGCUGUAAAGUCGACGAGAUUCUUUGUCAGAGCAAUCGACAAUUAUGAAGAAGCAUUAAAAAAGUUUCCAAACUCCUUCGAUCUUGCUUACAACAGAGCCCGAGUCUUGUAUGAGCUCACACAGUAUCCGAAGCUUAGAGCACAACUGCCUGGAACUCUCUUGGACCUUCUAUCAGCUGCCCUAGAGGCUAGCCGAUUUGCAUUGAGUUUAAAGCAGGAUAAUGCAGAUAUCCUAUUCAACACCGCCCAGGUUCUUACCAGUAUUGCGGAAGUAACAUCAGAAACGAGAAAUGUCGGUAAUGAUAACAACCUAGCCUUACUGGAGGAAGCGAUUGAGCUCUUUCAGAGAUGUUUGACGUUACAGGAGUACCAAUACACUGAAUCACAAACCCAAGCUGAAUCUGCACCCAUAUCAGAUGAUGAUCCAGACAUGGAGGAAGGCGGGGUUUCAUUAUCCAAUCCUAAUUCUGAACCUCCACAAGAUGAUCGGUGGGCGAGUAUUGUUGAGCCAGUAACUCUUGAAACUUUACUAGACACAGUGGUGGCUCAGCUUCAAACACUCGCAAUACUGUGUGGACUGGUAAACGUUGAUGCUGGUCGAGGUCUAGCAUGGAUUGAAGAAUAUUCAACGACACUGCUUGGCGAAAAAUUACAAACCUACCUUGAAGGCACUCCAGACCGACAGCAAGAAGCUGGUCUUGCAAAGUCCAACUUUAUUGCCGCUCUCGCCGAUGCCAAUUUCAGAUUCCAGCGAAUUGACAUUGGGACAUACGAACGAACCUUAAAUGAUGCUUACGCAUCCUUGAGCAUUGACGACAAUCCCGAAGGACUUUGCGACAAAGCUGAAGCAUUCAUCUCAUAUAACUCUUCUAUUCGUUUGAAUCACGAAGCAGCUCAAUCACCCGAAGUGUCAGCAUCGCGAUGGAAGGUGUUAACGGCAGCACUCGACAAUCUGACGAAAGCUUCAAAACUUCCUUCGGCCGAUAAUUUACCAAAGAUUCACAUCUUACGGGGUGAUGUUGACCUUCUGAGAUUUCAGUUAGGACAGCCACCUAGUAACUACGAGGUUUCUUUCAAGAAUGGGGCAGUCUUAUCCAAGAAUGCCGAGAAAUUCUAUCGUGGUGCUGGAAAUUUCGCGAAAGUUGAGGGGUUAAGCAAGGAGCUAGAGGAGGCUGAAGUUAAGGAAGCUCUAGCUAUGAGUUUGUAUGGUGAGCAAGAUAAGUUAUUGAGAUGCGUCAAGUUGCAACCUGAGGUAGUAAGGAAUAUUCUGGAGGAUGCUCUUGAUGAUGGUUUGAUCUCAUAUGAGGCGUUAUCUGCCAUGGGUAUUGCAUAGUGGUCUAAGGGCUUCUCAGUACUAUAAGAUCAUGGAUGUUCAAGAAGCCACGAGAAGGAUUGGAUUGUUUCGACAGACUCAUUAUUCCAAAACAAGGCCAAUGUAUAAUCAAAAGAUGAUUGUCGUUGGACUCUGUAAGGAUUGCUAAAUGUCAAUUUUGAUGUCACCAUUGUCCAAAGUAUGGAUAUGCACGCAGUCUUUAGGCAAGAAUUUAUUAUGGUAUUCUACUACUAUCUUCCACCCUUAUGAGCUUAACCUUACAACUUGAUCUCAUGAAGCGGGACAACAAUGAUUUACAAAGCUUUUGUUCGCA